GCCGAAAAAAAAACUUUUACUGACAAUCGCCGUCACAACUGUCAAAUCAGCCACCGCGAAUCCACGAUGGAGUAGCUGUAAUGAAUCGCGACUUCGUCUUCAACCACGACCAGGACCGACCGAGCGUGUGGUCGAGGGCUGGGACCACCCUGCAUAGGUGGAUGUGGGGGGCACUGUGCUGUGGGGUCCCGGGGGUCCCCUGCUACUUCUGCAACUGCUGCGAGAGGCUGGACGAUGCUAAUGCUGAUCGGGACAGGCCUAGGGUCAAUCAAGCUACAGCGACUGCCGAGCGCAUAUCCCGGCCGCACAGACCUCACGCUCCCAGGGGAAGAAAGUCAACUCCUGAGAUGCUGUCAGCCGUCCGCUGCGCCCUCAGCCAGCUCCAAGGAGAGCCAGCACCGCCCCUCCCUCAUGCCGCCUCGGUGGGGCCCACGCCUGAACCCGGGUGAGGGGAAAAAAGGUCACGUAACUGUGGAUGCGACACCAGAAACGUUUUAGUAGACAUAGGAUUAACCCGCGCAAUCUUAUUUGUCCUAGCUAGCCAUUUCCCAUUAUUCGGGGUCGGCAUUCCUAGUUCUGUCGCACCAGGACAGUCUUCAAAGUAACCAAAAUAUUUUAAGCUUUGUUUCCCUGUCUUAGGGGUAAAAACUUAGAAAAGCUUUGGAGCUUUUCUCACACUUAUGACAUAUAUUUUAAUUGGCGUCUCUACAAAAGACUUCAACGAAUCAGUCCUUUGAAAUAAUUUUGAAUUAAAGUUAUUAUUACCAAAUAUUUUUAACUAAUCAUGUUAUGUUAGAAAAAUAUAGCGUGGAAUAACAUUUGU